CAUAUAUAUAACAAUGCAUUGAUCGAAAGCUGGGGGUCUACGGAGUAAAAAGCUUUGAUCAUAAGAAGAUUCUGUUUUUUGGAUACAGACUGGUGGUAUCUUGGACAUUGGAACAAUAUCCUCCAUUUGCCUACACAAUGGAGAAGUUUACAAAGCGGGCCUCCGUAUUCUCCCUAAACAGACCGAAGUCAACCAAAUCGAAAAAAGAGGUCUUGUACGAGUUGCAGAAAAAAGUUCCUCUCCACAAAUGCUCAUUUGACCGACAGAAGCGAAGCUGGUUGGGACCAGUUAAACCACAACAGACCCUUCCGUCCCGCUGGGCGAAGGCCAAAGGCGCCGUGUUUUUUCUGGGAAUGAGACCGGCUUCCAGAAGAACUAUUGAUGUGGAUAACUUAGUGAAGGCCACAAAGCUGCUGAGGUCAUCAAUGAAUACCAGUUGUAAAGACGAUUUGUGUGAAAAAGAUGAAAAUUCUGAGGUUGACGCAAUUCUUGACAAACCUGUGAUAUCAAAACCAUUCAAAACGUCGAAUGAUACGAUCUGGACUUGUCCAAGGACUCUGAGACCGGUAUCUGAACGAUGCAAAGAAUUUAUAUUUGAGAAAUCAAAAGCCAACACUGACGAGAAGCAGGUAUCCGCGGCAUCCAACUUACAGUCAAUGUACCUCAAGAAAAUUCUGGACGAGAAAGAAAAGGAAGUCAAAUCUCUCCAGAACCAGCUCCACAAGGCCAACGCCGAAAAUGUGAAGCUAAUACAGGAAUUAGAAGGAUACAGAGGAAAGAACUACGAUGAAAUGUAUAAAGAAAACAUGACUAACAAAGAACACUUGAACCGCGUGUGUCGGGAAAAUAUUCUGCUGCACGGACAAUUACGGAAGCAGGAAAACAGACGAUUACAAAAAUUGGCCGGGGAUAGAGAAAUAGUGACAAAGCAUGAUUCGGAGCAAACUGAGCGACUGAGAUUGACUAAGUCUGCAAAACCCAGGCUGUCCUAAUGCUUUGUUAAAAGUUUAUCAAUACAUGUAUAAUCAUAAAAACGGCAGCCAGUUGGAUAUACAUUUCCUAUAACAUUAAAGAAUUACUGUUAUGAAUCACAGACCUAUAUACUAGCUAUUAGUAGUAAGUCUAUAAAUCCCUAUAUAAAUACCUAUUGCGCUGGUGGCAUGUGUUUGGUUUUGUUGAUAAAUACAGAUUGAUUUCACUGUU